AUGGAAAACACAACAUCUCCUCUAGAUGUGCACAUUUUGCCAUUUUUCAUGAAAACAGAGAAUAAAUUGUUCAUCUUCAGCACUGUCUACUUUUUCUUCAUCUAUUUAUUUGGAAUGUUGGUGAACAUAAUUAUCAUUACAGUGAUAUGUUUGGACCUCCAUUUGCACACUCCAAUGUAUUUAUUCCUCUGCAACUUGUCUGUUGUUGAUGUUUGUUAUAUAACUGUUACCAUUCCAAAACUUCUCUACAUCUUACUUUCUGGAAAUAAUUCAGUGCCAUUUACACAAUGCUUUAUACAAAUGUAUUUUAUGUUUAUAGCAGACAGUGCUGAGGACAUCAUUCUAUUUGCAAUGGGGUAUGACCGAUAUGUCGCAAUUUGUCACCCUUUACACUAUCAUCGUAUACUUAAUAAGAAAAUCUGCAUAUUACUAAUAAUAGUUGUCUGGAUUGGUGGAAGUCUAAAUUCAACCUUUAUUACAAGUUCAAUAUUAAAAAUAAUUUUCUGUUCCUCUGUUACCAUUCACCAGUUUUUCUGUGAUGCUAAAGCUCUCAUCAACAUUUCCUGCGGUGGCACCAAAGUAUUUUACAUCGUCUUUUAUGCAGAGUGUUUAUCAUUUGGGCUCUGUCCAGUUAUAUGCAACUUGGUGUCCUAUGUAAAAAUUAUCAGGGUCAUACAAGGCAUCAAAUCUAAGGAUGGCCGAAGAAAAGCCUUCUCCACCUGUUCAUCACAUCUCAUUGUUAUGGCCAUCUUUUAUGGAUCUGCUCUAUCUGUAUACAUGACCCCACCAUUAGACCGCUAUGACUUUCUUGAACAGAUCUUAACCAUGUUCUACACCACAGUGGUCCCCGUAUUGAACCCUCUCAUAUACAGUCUACGAAACAAUGAAGUGAAGAGUUCCUUGCAAAAAUAUUUGUUCUAA